AUGGAAAUAACUAAAAUAUCGCAAUUACCAUACAAAACGAUAAUUGUCAGUAUUGUAAUAUUGAUUCCACUCGUUUUAUAUUCGUUAACAAACAAUGAAGUUGCAACUAAUGAUGAUGAAGAGACAACUGUAUCUCUUUGUCAAAUACGUGUUCAAUUUGAUGGAUUAAAUGGCUUUGAUGAUCGAACACUUCUUUCAUUAUUGGCUACAUUAAAAAUGCAUGAUUUCUUCAUUGGACAACCUGUAUGGGGACCAUUGGAUACACUUCUUUAUCUAUGUGAACAUCGACUUAAAGUAGGUUUAAAACAAUCAAUACUUGAUAGAGAAUUACACAAUGUGAUAAAGAAUGGUCCAGUAUCAUCUGGACGUCUUGCUUGGUCAUGUGCUUGA